ACGGCCGUCUACAAUCCAAAUGGUAUUGAUCCGGUGAAACUGAACGAAUGGAAAUGCAAACAUGGCACGCUGAAGGGUUAUCCGGAUGCGAAAGCAUACGAACCGUUCGACGAGUUGAUCUAUCAGAAAUGUGAUAUCUUUGUGCCGGCUGCUUGCGAGAAAACAAUUCACAAAGGAAACGCUGCAAAGAUUCAAGCCAAGGUGAUCGUCGAAGCAGCAAAUGGACCGACAACACCGGCUGCCGAUAAGAUUCUACUGAAACGCGGUAUUCUUUUGGUGCCGGAUUUGUUCGUUAACAGUGGUGGUGUUACGGUAUCAUAUUUCGAAUGGCUGAAAAAUUUGAAUCAUGUCAGCUUCGGCCGAUUGUCAUUCAAAUAUGAUAAAGAGAGCAGUUAUGGACUACUCGGAAGUGUGGAGGAAUCACUGAGGAAGGGCGUUGGAAAAGAUAUCAAAAUAAAGCCAUCGGAAGCGUUCCGGAACCAUUUGGAUACUGCAUCCGAGAAAGACUAUGUGAACUCGGGUCUUGAGUACACAAUGCAACGUUCAGGUUUUAAUGAUGACCUCUAUUCGAGAUCAUAUAGAGCCACGAAUAUGAUCAAACUAGUCGUUCAUUUUGCAGCCAAACAAGUGAUCGCAACGGCACAUAAAUAUAAUCUUGGACUCGAUUUGCGUACGGCUGCAUAUGCGAAUGCAAUCGAGAAGGUUUAUAACACGUACCGAACACUUGGAUUCGCCAACUGA